UUCAAUGAAUGAAAGGGAGGAGCCGGUACACCUGUGCAAGACUGAAGAGGAGGAGCCGGUACACCUGUGCAAGACUGAAGGGGAGGAGCCGGUACACCUGUGCAAGACUGAAGAGGAGGAGCCGGUACACCUGUGCAAGACUGAAGGGGAGGAGCCGGUACACCUGUGCAAGACUGAAGGGGAGGAGCGGUUACACCUGUGCAAGACUGAAGGGGAGGAGCUGGUACACUUUUGCAAGACUGAAGGGGAGGAGCCGGUACACCUGUGCAAGACUGAAGAGGAGCCGGUACACCUGUGCAAGACUGAAGGGGGAGGAGCCGGUACACCUGUGCAAGACUGAAGGAGAGGAGCGGUUACACCUGUGCAAGACUGAAGGGGAG